AUGGCAGUCAAUCCGUCUCCGCCUUCCGCAGCCUUCCCUGCAUCGUCCCCUUUUUCCGCCUCCGCACCUUUUUCAUCCGCCAAUCCCCCCAUUUUCUCCGCUUCCGCGCCCGCGGAUCCCGCCGCGCCGUCCCCCGUCCGCCCGCACAAGCCCACCGGCCGGCACGGCGCGACCGACCAGCAACGCCGGCGCGAGCUCGCUCUGGAGCGGCAGCGCGCCGCGCGGCGGGACCUGCAACUGCACGCGCGCCACGUGGCUCUCGCCGCAACUGGCGCCGUGACUCUCGCUGACGAGGUCGAGGCGCGCGAGUCUGCCGCCGCAGCGCCAGAGUCGAGAGAAGUUUCGCCGCUGCUUCCAGAGAUAUGCGAGUUCGACGAGGCUUCGGGCCAAUGGACGAGGAUCGACCAAGAGGGGUUCAGAAUCGACGGCUCAGGGAGACGGAUCGAGCCAGUCGACCUAGGAUCUGACGCGUCUGGAUCUACCAGAGAACCCUUUGCUACUGGAGCGAGAAUCGAUGCUGCCGAAGGGGAAGGCACUGAGGAGGGGGGUGUGUUGGGAGGAGUGGGUAACGGGGAGGGGGUGUUUGGGAUGGUGCGUGAAGCGGGUGGGGAGGGUAUGGAGAUGGAUGGGGAUGGGGAUGGGGAUGGGAAUGGGGAGGGGGAGGGGGAGGAGGAUGGUGGGGGCGUUGUGGGGAUUGAACAGGAGAUGAGGGGGUUGUUUGUGCCGCGUGGUGAGGCUGGGGGGAGAAGAGGGAAAGGAGGAGCAGGAGGAAGGGGAGGAGGGAGAGGAGGUCGAGGGGGGAGAGGAGGGGUUGAUGAUAAUUUAGAUGGUGCGGAUAAAGGGGUGACAGACGGUGCAAGGGAGUGGUAUGCGCAGCAGCUUAUGCUGCCCGAGUGGAUGGUCGACGUCCCACCUCGACUUGCCUCUGAUUGGUUCGUGAUGCCGCGGCCGGACGGGCGGCGUUGUUUGGUGGUAUCUGCAAAUGGCACCACCGUUAGCCGCCUGCGCAACGGUCGAAUCCUCCACCGCUUCCCCUCUCACCUGCCCAACGGCGCCAGGGCGCCUGGUAUCGCUGCUGGCGCGCACGUCUACUGCAUCCUGGACUGUAUUUUUCAUGAGGUGAGAGUUCAGGAGAGUGGGCAGUUCAAGGAUUAG